AGCAGCGAAUUCGCGCAAGAACUAUCGUUUCCUCUCGGACGGUAAACCUUGCUCACCGAACUCUUGCCCACAACAUCUUGUAUCAAAUGCAAAUGCGUCAUCUGGGUGUAGUGGAUGAAACUUGUGGUGCUAAAAUGUCGUGGAUGAUGGAAACACUUCCGAACGCAGCUGAGCAUGACAACAGUCCAGAACGCUUUCUCAUACCCAGUCCGCAUGACAAUAAAAUGGCUGCGGCUUUUGUUGGUUAUGCAAUACAGAUUUCCCAGGAAAAAUGUAGAGCUAGCAUAUAUACAAGUUCCAUCUACUUUCCAGACCCAGACAUGUUUGCAAUGCAUACCUCACAUCAAUUUAACGAAACUCACUGCACACAACAAACUUAACGACAACGACGACGUACAACCUCUCUGAACUACCGCAACUUUUUUACCACGAACUUAAGCACUACUCUCAAAAAAUCAAAACCUCGAGAAAAAAAAAUAAAUUGAAACGGACGGGAAAAGUAACCACCACCUGCUCAAACGACUCGACGGAGUUGGAAUAAGUAUAGUACUAGUAGUGAAGCAAUCUAGUACGAAACACAACUUGCACUUGUACGAGAAGGAGACCACGACGACUCAACGACUAGAAGGUAUUCAUUUGAUGCGCUCGAAGACAUUUUCUGGAGUCACCUUGUUUCUACUGUAGCUUUCAAAGGCGAUUGCCUACUGUAGGGGUCUCAUCUAGGGUGGUCUACUACUUACAUUGGAUCGAACCCUACUGCAGGUUUAAUAAAAAAACAUUUAGUAUUUAUUUUUUUUGCAAACAGCCACGAAGACAAACUCUGCCCGAAAAGUUCGCCGUUUUUGUGAACCUGUUUUUCUUUUUUCAACCUUCAGAAGGAUUUUGCGGCCUUCUGUACCUUUUUGUAGAAUUCUCAUGUGAUGUUUUUCCCCUAUGAUACUGCAAUUAAGUAGGAUCUGCGACGAGGACUCAACGACGAGAAGGAGAUUAUACUUCACAGGACGCCAUCAACAUCGUUCGAGUAUUACAAUGAAAAAUACCCCCACCCCAAAAUUUGCAAAAGUUUCUGAUGCGAAGUUUCCAAAUGAAAACUUUUUGUUUUGCAUGGAAGGACUGCGAGUCUUUGUGGUGCAGAACCUACUAGAUUGCGCCGUAAAGUACUUAUCUUUUGCAUACGAGAUCCGGGCGGCUGGUGCUGGGCUUUUUGCAUUACAAUUUUGAGCUAUUCAGCAUGAGAAAUUUGUGAUGCUUAUAUAUGCAAGACGGGGGGUGUUUCUAUAUGGAAAGGCUUGCACUAAAAGUGCUGCCAAGCGCUGGGGUGGGGGCACUCUUCGUUUUAAUACCGGAGGAAGCUAAUUCACAAACACAGCACGACACCGGCGACAGAGGGAUCGUGAACGAGAUUUCUCUCGUCCUCCUACUCAUCAAGCUCUACGCGGCGAAGCAGCGGUCUCGCUUGGUCGGAGAAGGACCAGGAAGCAGCACCUGAGGCAUCAAGGAAGAAAGGAGAGGUAGUAUUUUAGAAGUAAUUCCGAAUGUUGUCUGAUUUAGUCAGUACUAGUUUUUUUCGAUAUUCGAGCGGAAUCAAUAGUGUCAAUCCUUUUGGCCCUCGAGGAGCGUUGCAUUUUUUUUAGUACUUCAUAGGUAGACAAACAAAAAGAAGAUGCAUUAGGUGGAAGCACUUUCGAAAGUGCGUAGCCAGUUACCGCAGCGCACCAGCUGCAGCUCCGUGGGAAGUGAAAGGGUCUUCGUCUUGAAAAGGUAAUGAAGAUAGAAUGAACUUUAUUAAUAAUUUUUUUAUAGUGACAAAUGAUUUUGAAUUUUAUUUUUAUCUGCACCACAGGUACUAUUUUGCUUCGAUACAACUCCGAGUUGUGCACGAUCGAAGCAAUGGCAACUACACUGGUAGACAACAUGCCCUACGGGGAAAACAAGCUGGUUAUCAUAAGGAAAAAUCGCCUCUCCCCAUAUCGAAAAGGAACUUUGUGAUGCUGAUUUGUGACCACAAAUCAGCUUUGUCUUGCGUACAAGGCAAACGGGAUCCAACAUGUUGCGCAUUGUACAGCGAGUCUGUCAUUCCUUUUCACCUAUGUCAAACUUGUUUCUCAUGCUCAGCUGCUAGCCGGAUGCGUCCCCAAAUGGGCUUAGAAUAUGCCGACAAGUAGGUCUUGCUGGAAUACAAAGCUCGUUUGAUGUGAUGUUCGCAAAUCCAGCAACGCAAACUGUCUUUUGAAUAUGGGGCGGGGGAUUUUUUCACUUUGAUACCGGUGGUCCCCGAAGAGGUCGAGGCGCUGGUCCCCGAAGAGUAUCAAAUGCAAAUAUGUGUGGGUCUGGAAGGAUGCAACUUGUCGUGCUAAGUCUGGAUAGUACAAAAAUUUGUGUUGCAUGAUCACCAAAAGGUCUCCACUUUUGAACAAGUUUAGCGGCAGUUUGUCAUGCAGGAUAGACAUGAUAGAGACUUCGCAGAACCGGUCAUGCUAGGUCCUGCAUUGCAGACGAGACCUCCUGGGGCAUGGAAAAUAUGCAUGACAAGUUGCAUUCUUCCAGACCCAGACAUAUUUGCAUUUGAUAAAGAGGCGGGGAUGCCCACCGCCAUGCUGACCCUCUCGCCGUCUCCGCAGAAGGCGGGCGGUGAAGUGGAGCCGACCACGUGCACCGGACCUCCUAUGGAAUUCGCAACUCGCUUACCUUCUCAACUAUUACAUGAAUUUGUCGUGCAAAACUUGUAGUGUACCAUCAUCGUCCCCACGACCAAGCUGCUUCGCAUGACAAAUUCGCAAAGGGCUAAACAGCGCCUAAUCUGUGCGAGGAGCUGUGUUGUAAUGCUACAGGGGCAUGCAACCGGAACCGCUCCUGUUGCACUCACUUUUGCUAUUUUUGCAUCACAAAUUCGUGUAAAAAACAGUUGAGAGUAUAACGUUUGAGAAUCCCAUACCUCUCCAAGAAGAUUUGGCGAAGCACGGAGGGCCGAAGACCGGGGACAAGCCGGCUGCGACCGGGAAGCCGAAGGGCUAUGCGAAGCGGGCCGGCAAGCGCAAGCAGGUGGUGAUGCAGCGCUACCAAAAACUGGGUCGGGACUACGGUUGUCACCUGCGGAACAAGAGAGCCACGGCCGGCGCCGCCGCGGCCGCUGGCUUUGGCUCGAUGAACGCCACCGAGGUGCAGGCGGUCCGCCGCACGACGCCGAAAGCCUCCUCCACCUCCGGUCCCGCUGUCCAGGCCUUUCUGGCCAUCACGGAGGAAGGCGAGGCUGUGGAAGAUGAGAACACUACUGUCGAGAAGAAUAAGCGCAAAGCCGAAUCGGAGGUCCCUGAACUUGUGCCGCGCGAACCUGCUGUCGUCAAUGACAACGAGCUGGAAGCGACCGGGAUCAUGCUGGAGAUGGUCCCGGAGCUGCAUGCUGGAGAGGCGGUCCCUGACGGAGAAGAACCCGCGGAGCAACAGCUGCAAGAAGGCGAAGUUAUUGCAAAGCAACCCGAAGCAGCCGGCAACAUUCCACCCAUUCUGGGCGAAGUGGCAGAAGAACACGACAAGCCUGGCAGUGACGAAGUCGCCCCCGGGGUGGUGCCCAAUAUCCACUGCAAAAGUAUCGUAGUGGUAGUACUAAUUGCAACCAUGCAUGACAAAAAAUCCAAUCUUCUAUCUGAUUUAUAGAUCUUUCAUGACAAGUUCCAUUUCUCAGAAAAAUUUAAAAUUUGUAUUUGUCUAUGUAUCGCAAUUUUUCAUACUAGGAUUAGGAUGAUACUUUUGCAAUGCAUACCGGAAGAUGGCUUUCUGCAAAAGACACAGGAGCAUUAUGGAGGCAAUCUCAAGCGCUAAGUGCUACAUUGGUCGCUGUUCUUACAUGAAGACUUGUCAUGCAGAACCACGAACACGAUCACUUUUGACACGAUCAAGCGAUUUUGCCUGAGACCUCGUAUCGACGCGCUAAAAGAUAGCUGCGCUCCGAAAUUUUGUUUUCCGUGCCGACUCUGUACUCAAAUUCAAAAAUACGCGCAGGGGCGGGCUGCCCCCUUUCGCUUUCCUGUGCAAUGAUUUCUUUACUGGUCUUGCAUUGCAAAAUGAAAAUUUUUAUAGACCGGCGAGCAAUGUAACCACCUUUGAGAGUCCCUCCAUAAGCAGGAGCAGGCGAAUAUGGCAUUCUCAAUCGUUAGUACAUUGUUAGCUGUUGCAAGAGAAGAACACGACUUGUAAUGCAAAAUCAAGUUCAGGAGCUUCGACGCGAUCCAGCAACUUCAUAUGGCCGAACAGGAAAUCUGUUCCAAAUUUCUAAUGCGAGGAGAGGCGCAACAACAAAAUAUUAGAUAUAUGUGCUCCUGCCUUUCCGUCCUGCUGCAAUUCUUGCAUCACAAAUUCGUGCAUGAGUUGAGAAUGUAACGGUUGAGAAUCUGAUAGCGAAGAAGAUUCCUGCCGAUGAAGAAAAAACGCGGGCCAAGGACGACGACGUGGAAGGAAAACACGGGUUUCUGCAAAGGGAGGGCCAAGGAAAUAAACAAGCUGUAGCGAGCGGCGACACCAGCGCCCUCUAUUCGUCGGCAUGUAUCGAGUGCGUUUGCAAGGCAUAUCAGGAAGCACGUGCUGCAGACGCAGGUUUGCUUCCUCGAACGACGAAGUGGCGCUCCACGCCUUUCUUGAAGGCUUUCGCGGACGCGGCAACCGAUUCCGCGGGCUGCGUAGAAAAAUGUCCUGAAUCCACCACGACCUUGAAGAAACCCUUGACGGACCUUCAGGGUCUUGGCUUCACCCCGAAUUCCUUGAAUCCCAAAAACUGGGUCGGAAAUCCGUUCUUCUACCAAAGUAAAAAACGCUCCCACAGGAAAUACCUUGAGAUGGAAUCCAUACAAAGCAAAAACGUGGUCCGAGUGUAUGACUCGGACGUCAUACAUUAUAAACAAACACAGUAAGAAGUCCAAUUUAGAUUUCUUUGUAUCUGACAGUGCAGCAGACACAGAGGUGGGGUAUUGUUGAUGCUCCUGCAAAGUGCAGCGUCGGACAGGCGGCAACAUCCCGUGCCAGUAUGGAGACAAGAAUUGUAUGCUGUGCUGAACCGCAGACGAAAGCACGAAAGACAAACUCCCUCCUACCUGCAACUACAUGCCUCACAACUGCCACCUCUUACUUACGCAGUACUGCGGCACGGCUUCUGCGUGUGCUUGUGGGUUGUGGCGAAGCGCGCAGCUGUACUAGGUCCAGCAUGCCACAUGAAAACUGCGCCGGCUUGGCUCCGGGGGUAUCAAUGCAGCGCGGGAGCGUUUUUUACAUGUUGAUAGGCCCAGGCGAAAGUUGCGCGCGGAGCUGCGUAGUGUAUUGGGUGGGGCCUGCGGCGGUGGGCACACGAUUACGGUGACGUAUUCGGAUGGGAGGAAGUACACCGGAAAGGUGGACGAGAGAGGCGAGCCGACGGGCGACUCGGGCAAGAUGGUUUGGCAGGAUGGGUUGGAGUUUGUCGGGAACUUCAAGGACGGCCAACCGCACGGCAAAGGGACGAUGAGCAUGCCGGAUUUGGAAAAUGAAGGUGGGCGGAAGGAGAAGGAAGGGGACGACUGGGGGUAUGGAGAGAUCAAGUAUCCUAGUGGCAGUAGUUACGUGGGCCACCAUGUUGGAAUGAGGUAUGGCAACGGCACCACAAAACUGAAGUAUGGCAGGGGCACAUACACAUUUACGGAUGGCAAGAGUGCGUACGAGGGACAGUGGUGGGACGACGAGUUCAACGGCGAGGGCACGUACACGCACGCGAACGGCGACCGGUACGAGGGACAGUUGACGGGCAACCAGAAGAACGGCAAGGGCACGUUCGAGUGGGCGUUGCUCGGCAAAGUGUACGUGGGACAGUGGAAGGGCGACAAGGUGCAGGGCGAGGGCAAGCUCACGUGGAACAGCGGCGAAAUGUACGAGGGACAGUGGCACGACAACAAGAGGGACGGCAAGGGCGUGAUGACGUGGUCCCCCAACAGCGCGGCAAAAGUAGGCAAUUUUGUGGGAACGUGGGUGAAUGACAUGAUCAGCGGCGAGGGCAUCCUCACGUGCAACAAUGCCAAAAAGACCACCCACGACGGAAACUGGAAGACGGAAGAAGGGCGCACAUUUUUGGUUUCGGGGGAAAAUGGCGCUCAUGGCGGCGACCUCCUUGAGCUCUGCAAAGAGCCCGCCUCUUCGCAGUGA